AUGGCCGGGGCUCAGACCGGGAGCAGCGCCACACCGUGCGCGUCAUGCAAGCUCCUGCGGCGGCGGUGUGCCAGGGACUGCGUGUUCGCGCCUUACUUCCCGCCAGAGGACCCGCACCGGUUCGCCACCGUGCACCGGGUCUUCGGCGCCAGCAACGUGAGCAAGAUGCUACAGGAGCUCCCUGCGGCGCAGCGGGCCGAUGCCGUGAGCAGCCUGGUGUACGAGGCCACCGCGCGGAUGCGGGACCCCGUCUACGGAUGUGCCGGCGCCAUCUCCUACCUCCAGCAGCAGGUCUCCCAGCUCCAGGUGCAGCUCGCCGUCGCGCAGGCCGAGAUCCUCCAGCGCAUCAACCACCCGUCCCCGGCGUCUGCAUUUCAUCUGCAAGAGCUUCAGCAGCGGCAGGUGCAGCAGCAGCAGCAAAUGCAGAUGGAUGAUGAUGACAAGGCGUAUAGCAGCCUCGUCAUGCAGAAUGAUCUGAUGAGCACGCUGCUGCUGCAGGAGGCGUGCCUUAAGAAAGAGUCCCUAUGGACAUGA